UGUUGCAAAUAAUUUGCAAUUCUAAUCAAAUCUAGAUGCUUAAGCUGAGGUACUAAUUUGUCUUUUCGCAAAUCGCAGAGUUGUUCUAGUUGUAUUAGAGUAGUAAGGGAUUCGUCAAAUUCUUCUCUUACUUUUCACAUUAUUUCCUGAUAUUGAUCAGUUGUGUGUGUGUUCUUUUAACUAUGAAUGGACAUAGGCUAGAGGGUAGAGUGGCUAUAAUAACCGGUGCAGCUGGAGGAAUUGGUGAGGCAGCAGCGAGAUUAUUCGUUGAAAAUGGUGCUUUUGUUGUGAUUGCUGAUGUUCAAGUUGAAUUAGGUGAUCAAGUUGUAGCAUCGAUUGGACCAGAGAGAUGUUGUUACAAACACUGUGAUGUUACUGAUGAAAAGCAAGUGGAAGAGACUGUGGCUUAUACAUUGGAAAAGUAUGGUACUCUUGAUAUCGUGUAUAGCAAUGCCGGUAUCUUAGGAUCACUGGCCGGUGUUCUUGAUUUAGACAUGAAAGCAUUGGAGAAAACUAUUGAUGUCAAUGUCUGUGGUGGUGUAGCCAUGAUAAAGCAUGCAGGUCGCGCUAUGGUAGCACAGAAUAUUCGCGGAUCAAUCAUAUGUACAGUAAGUAUAGGAGGAACUCGGGGUGGGAUAGGACCACCAGGUUACACAGCAUCAAAACACGCACUUUUGGGUGUGGUUCGAUCAGCUUCUCGCGAGCUCGGGAUAUAUGGAAUUAGGGUUAACUGUGUGUCUCCCUAUGGAGUUGUUACACCAAUGACAUGUACUAUCCCUGGGUUACGGACAUGGUUAGAUCCGGAGUUUAUUCAAGAACAAAUGUCUUCAAUUUCGAAUCUAAAGAAUAUGUGUUUGAAGGGUAAAGAUAUCGCAGAGGCUGUUCUUUUCCUUGCUUCGGACGAGUCCGCUAGCAUCAGCGGACAUGAUCUUGUCGUGGACGGAGCAUUUCCUGAUGAAAUCAACACUUUCCCUGUUAAUAUUCCUAAGAUUGCAGUAGAUUUAGUACGAUGGUACGUUAGCAAGGCUGCUAAGAAGGCCAAAACGUCGCACAAUGCAUCAUCUUCGGGUAGGUUGAAACUUCGGGUACUAAGGAUACUGGGAAAACCAAGAAACUCGCAUCUAAAUCUGGGCCCAAGAUUUCUUCUUCUGAUCUUUCUAGGAAGCGUAAAAAAUUUUACCCUUCUUCAAGUUCUGAAUCCAGUGAUGAUGAUAUUCUUGCUUCUGAAGAUCCAUCGAUCUCUUCUUCGAUGAAAGAAUUAUCCAACUUUUUUUCUGAUCCUAUGUCGUCUCUUAAUGAUGGUGACUAACAACGCACUUUUGGUAUGGUCUCGAAAGUCUGCGAUGCUCCUAUUUUGGAUGAUCCAUCUCUUCGCGGAGCUUCUUCUGCUGUAAACCCAAACUUCUAAUAUGCGAUUGGUUCUUUGGUAUCUCUCUUAUCAUAUGCGGUUUCUUCGGAUUAUCAAAGGAAACUUCUUAGUUUGGGGAAAGAAAAUACCAAACUUAAGGCUGAAAAUUCUACCAACGUUGAAUUACUUCGCGUGGCUCGAGAAAUAAAUGAUGAAAUCAUUGAAAAGAAUUAUAUGGAGAAGAUUGAAGAGUUAAAGACACAACUUCCUGCUAAAGAAAAGAUACGUCUUGAAGAAACCGAGAAGUUAUCAAUGGAGUUAUCUGCUCGCAACUCCAAAUAUCAGCAGUUAUAAAAGAAUUAUAUCCUCAUUGUUUCAAAUAAUGGUAAGGAUGCCAUUCGCGCUCGUGAUGCAGCAGUUAAGAAAGUAUGUGUUAAUAAUGGCAUUCCUCUCUCUAAAUAUAAAUUUGCAGACGUCCCUCCCAACGAAGUUGUUCCUGAUAUUAUUGAUAAUGAAGAGGAAUAUGAAGAGUAUGAAUAAGAAGGAAACAAUUCUGAGGCCUAAUAUAAUGAUGAAGAUAAUUAGUUAUUUUUCACUUGAUGUAAAUUCUCUUUCUGCCUCUUGUAUAUCUCCACCUCUUUUAGAACUUUUUCUUU